GCUCUGCUGAAUUCAGUCGUGCGUGUUGCCGUCUACACACCUUUAAAACGCUGAUGAGAGGAGUAUUUGCUUCCGAGAAUUUGGCUACAUGGCAGCAAGUUAAACAACCGAUUGAACGGAAGUAAUUGAUUCAUCUACGAAUAGCCUCUGAGUGAGUUAUUCCCCCACAUAAUCUUCAUCCACAGUUCUGUUCGUUUUGUUUACGAGCAACCCAGACAGCGUACUGUCGCUUUCAGUUCGCUGCAGGUCGUUCGACCAGGAUGUAGCGUCUAUGUCGCUUACCGUUGCUAUGCUAUAGAAUCAGAUGUGUUAAAAAAGUAUCAAACCGUCGUAGCAAGCAUAAAACAAAACAGAUAGUUUGCACAAUAAAACGCACUUUAGGAAAAAAAGAUCCUUAACUUGCUGUUAUCUACGCUAAUGUGUUAUUGUUCAUGAAGGCGUGUCUGGCAAGUUAUUUUAUGAAGACGCAUCUGGUUGUUCUGGCUUUCAUUAACGGUUCAGCUACUCAAGUUGCGUUUUGCAAGAAGGAGACGCUUGAGCAGUAGGCCACACUAUGGCACCCAGGCGUAAAUUUGAUAUUAAAUUCAAAGAAAAGGUGUUGAAAUAUGCUGAAGAACAUUCGGGAGAGAAUGCGGCAAAGCACUUUGAUAUUGACCCGAGACAAAUCCGAUCUUGGAAGAAGCAAAAGAAUGAACUUAUGUUAGCCAACAAGACCAGAGCCCGACUCGCAGGUGGAGGUAGGAAGAAAGUUAGUCUGGAGCUGGAAACAAGGCUUACAGAAUGGAUUUUUUCAGUACGCGAUAAGAAUCACAGAGUGUCGAGAAAAAUGAUUGAAAACAAAGCAUUGGAAAUCUUCUCCUCUGUGAGUGAUGAUGGAGGCAAGAGCUUCGUCGCUAGCAGGGGUUGGUUACAGAGAUUUCUCGAGCGCAAUGGGUUAUCAGUGAGACGUCGCACCACUGUCUCACAAAAAGACAGCGACCAGCUCAUAGAGAAACUGGUCUCCUAUGUUGACUACGUUGGCAAAGUUGUCACUUCUAAAAAAAUUGCAGAUAGAGACGUCAUUGCCAUGGACGAGACGGCAGUUUGGUUUGACAUGGCGUCACCCACAACCGUGGACAGACGAGGUGCAAAGAGCGUGGCUUUAAAAACUACGGGUCAUGAAAAGAGCCAUAUCACUGUGAUCCUGGCAGCCAAGGCGGACGGGACUAAACUUAAGCCUUACAUCGUUUUCAAAGGGGCCGUGCGCGAGGUGGCGCGGAUGCAACAACAGGCAACUCGCGCUGUGAUCGCAACGUCUGUGAAUGGCUGGAUGAAUGACACACUGACUGCAGACUGGCUACAGUCUGUAGUCGGAAAAUUCAACGUCACCCCGCGGCUCCUUGUGUGGGACGCAUACCGAUGCCACAUCAGUGCCGCCACUAAAGCUGAACUGCAACGUGGCUAUAACGUUGCAACCGCAGUCAUACCGGGCGGCUGCACUAAAUACAUCCAAGCCCCUGAUGUGAUGUGGAAUCAGCCCUUUACGCGGAGUCUGCACGAUGCCUAUGACCUUUGGAUGGCCGGGGACGCGGAUAAAGAAUACACUGCCGGAGGUUACUUAAAAGCACCAGCCCGCCACCUGCUCGUGGACUGGGUGGUCGCCGCCUGGGAAAAACUGGACAAGGAAAUGAUCCGCAAGUCCUUCAAAGUCUGUGGCCUGUCACUUAAAACAGACGGGAGUGAAGACGACCUCAUCCUAUGCUUCAGAGAGGGACAGGCGUGCGCCGCUGGUAGGGAGGCGCUCGCACAGCUGCGGCAGCGGGGACAGGAGAACCACACGCAAGACGCGCAGGAUGAGGCCGACGAGGAGCAGCUGCUUAAUAAUGAGCUUGUUGUUCUCGAUGAUGAUGAUGAUGAUGAUGAUGAUGAUGGGGAGGAGGGUGUUGAGGGAGACGCCGAACAGCUCAACAUAGAUCUACCGGAGCUGCACUUCUGCACACCUUUGAGCAGCAGUAUGAUGCAGGCAGGAGUCUGUCUGAGACAGGACACUGAGACAACACUACCAGAGCUCACUGAGCAGCACAGGAUCAGACUGAAAGAAGAGGAACUCAGUGGACUGGAGUCAGAGACAGAGUGUGCUGCACCAGCACUCAACACACUGGAGCCAGAGUGUGUUACUGCACACAGCGGGGUCAGUGAUGUACACCACACACACACAUCAGUGAUAAAAACAGAAGCUGAUCUGGACUCCACCCACACUGGGGAUCUUAUUAAGAUGGAGAGCCCUGAAAGGACAGAGCUGGGAUAUGAAACCCAUCUGCAUCCUGACCAAAUCAAAACAGAGGCUGAAGAUGGAGGAUACCUUGAGGCAGAACACAUCAGUGACUUGCAGGAUAUUAAAUGUGUUGAUGUUAAAUCUGAUCAAAUGAAGUGUGAAUCCAGUGAAAGUUUAGUGAGUGAUCUCAUGAACACUGGGAUGACUGGAGCUGGUGUUGAUCACACAGACCAGACUCAAACAGGACAAUGUGCACGAGAGACAAAUCCAAAAAAAGAAGAAAUCCACCAAAAUAAUCUAUUUAUUUAUGUUGAUAUUAAAUCAGAUCAAAUUAAGUAUGAAUCCAGUGAAACCAUAGUGGGUGAUCUCAUCAAUACUCAUACAGGUAUGGGUAUUCACACUGGUGAAAUGCUGUACAAAUGUACACAAUGUGAGAAGAGUUUUGAUACAAAACUUGACUUAAAUCAACAUCUAAAAACUCAUAAAGGUAAAAAGCCUUACAAGUGUACGGAGUGUGGGAAGUUCUUUUCACAAGUGGGUCAUUUAAUUAGCCACCAGAGAAUUCACACUGGUGAAAGGCCCUACUUGUGUACAGAGUGCGGGAAGUCAUUUUCCCAAAUACCUCAUUUAACACGGCACCAGAGAAUUCAUACUGGUGAAAAGCCCUAUGAGUGUACACAGUGUGGGAAGUGUUUUUUUUCUAAAUCUGAUUUAAAUUCGCACCUGAGAAUUCAUACAGGUGAAAAGCCCUACCAAUGUACUCAGUGUGGGAAGUGCUUUGCCAAAAUGGCCGAUUUAAAUAUCCACCAGAGAGUUCAUACAGGUGAAAAGCCCUAUGAGUGUGCACAGUGUGGGAAGCGCUUUUCCAAAAUGUCUGAUUUAAAUGGCCACCAGAGAAUUCAUACAGGUGAAAAGCCGUACUUGUGUACACAGUGUGGGAAGUGUUUUCGUACAAAUUCUGCUUUAAAUCAACACCUGAGAAUUCAUGCACGUGAAAUGCCAUACAAAUGUUCUCAGUGUGGGAAGUCUUUUUCCCAAAUAUCUGAUUUAAGUUUCCACCAGAGGAUUCAUACAGGUGAAAAGCCGUACAAAUGUACACACUGUGGGAAGGGUUUUGGUGCUAAUUUUGCUUUAAAUCAACACCUGAGAAUUCAUACGGGUGAGAAGCCCUACACAUGUCCGCAGUGUGGGAAGUGUUUUUCCCAAAUAACUCAUUUAAAUUGCCACCAGAGAAUUCAUACAGGUGAAAAGCCCUACAAAUGUCCUCAGUGUGGGAAGCGUUUUUCCCAAGUAUCUAAUUUAAUUUGCCACCACAGAAUUCACACCGGUGAAAAGCCCUAUAAAUGUCCUCAAUGUGGGAAGUGUUUUUCUCAAUCAAGAACAUUCAAUACACACAAGAAGAGACAUACAUUUGAAAAGCCCUUCAUAUGUUCUCAGUGUGGGAAGUGCUUUUUGGGCGAAAGUAAUUUCAAUCGCCACCAGAGACGUCAUUCAGGUGGAAAGUCUUAGAAAAGCCCCCAGUUUGGAAAGUAUUUUCUUUUUACUCAAUCUACUCUCAAUGAGCAAUUUAUUAGGUAUUUAUUAGACUAAUUUUUUUAGAAUGUUUGGUCUUCUGUAGCCUGUCCACUUACAGACACGUUGACACGUCGUGUGUUCAGAAAUGCUCUUCUGUAUACCAUUGUUGUAAUGUGUGGUUAUUUGCAUUACUGUCACCUUCCUGUCAGCUUUGACCAGUCUGGCCCUUCUCCUCUGACCUCUCUCUUUAACAAUGCGUUUCUGUCUGCAAAACUGCUGCUCACUGGAUGUUUUUUGUUUUUUGCACCAUUCUCUGCAAACUCUAGAGACUGUUGUGCAUGAAAAUCCCAGGAGAUCAGCAGUUUCUGAGAUACUCACACCACCCUCUCUGGCACCAACAAUCAUUCCACAGGCAAAGUAACUUAGACCACAUUUCUUCCCCAUUCUAAUGUUUGUUCUGAAAAACAGCUGAACCUCUUGACCAUGUUUGCAUGUUUUUAUGCAUGUAAUUGUGGCCACAUGAUUGGCUGAUGAAACGCUUGCAUUAACACGCUGGUGUACAGGUCUACCUAAUAAAGUGCUCACUGAGUGUAUGUUAAAUUUCUGAACUUGUGAUGCAUUUUUUUGCAUGAUGCCCUUUGGGGACAUUUUUAGUUUUUGUUGUGGUUUCUAAAUUCUAAUUUAGUGGGUGUUUAUUUUGAGAUUAUGGACUGAAAUAGUAAUGGCACAGUUUAUAGUUCCAAUAUUCCUUAUUGUACUUUGGCCAGACAUGAAAAGCAACACAAUGGCUAGUCAAACUGGGCUGCCUGUGUUCUUUUAAAAUUAGUGUUCUUAUAAAAUUGAGUGUACUAUAAAUGUAUUGUACAGUGAAUGUGAAAUGUGAGUCUUUGUACAUUGGAGGUGUGUGGUGUGAUGAUGAAAUUGACGCCUGUGCAAUGUGUUUAAAGAGAGUGUGAUAACUGAAUGCAGUGUUCAAACAGUGUAAUGUGUAUUGCAAGAUUAUAUUCUGAACUUGACACCAUUGCCAAAUUUUCACAGCUCAAGAAAUCAUACCUCCCAUACUUGAGAAUUAUAGUUAUUUGUUUUUUUUAUAUAAAACGUUCAAUGCCUGCUUAUAAAGUUGCUCACCCCAUUGUAGCGCAUGCCUCUGCCCAACUGGUAAAACAGUAAUUCUUGUACAAAAAAAUCCUGACAUUAAUGUACAACUUUGAGGCCUUAGUAUAUAAAUUCAUUAUUAUGUACCUGAAAUGUAACAAAUUAAAUGUGAUUCUGCUUAAA